AUGUCGGACGUUGGCGUUCCUACGCGCCUCACGACGGAUGGUGGGCCGCAAUUCAGAUCUUCAGCGUUCGCUUCGUUCUGCUCAGAGUGGAACAUGUGCCACGACCCCAGCAGCCCGUACAAUCCUCAGUCAAAUGGCGCGGCUGAGGUGGCGGUAAAGGCCAUGAAGCACUUGUUAAUGAAAAUUGGCAAAGGUGACACCUAUAACAGCAGUGCCUUCAGAGAAGGGUUGCUGGAGUGGCGUAACACGCCGGGUGCAGGAGAAGCAAGCCCGGCCCAGCUGCUGUUUGGAACGCCAACGAGGACCAAGGUUCCCACACGUCCUGCAAAUCUGCAGCAGUACGCUGCCCACAGCCGCAGCGCUCCCCAGCAGGUCUCAUCCCAGCUUGGCAAGCCUCUUCCCCCUCUGCAUGUAGGCGAUAAGGUAUGGAUCCAGAACCAGUCUUCAAAACGCUGGGAUAUGGAAGGAACGGUCACAAAAUGCACGAGAAGAGAACGGAGCUACACAGUGCAGACAGUGACGGGGUCCAGCUUCUGGCGGAACAGACGGUUCCUCCGGCCACGUGCAUAG